CUCCCAUACACGUUUCACGCCAUCUUGAAAUUACACCCCCCAGUUUGUCAAGUCGCUCUCAAAUUAAAAAAAAAAAGCACAGCAACUCUUUUCAUUCCCGGCCCCGUCUCCGGUAUGAACGGUUCUCGAAACGAACCGUCACAGACAGUAGGCAAGGGGCAAACGGACGCAAAUACCGGCUUAGAGACGAACCACAGGGACAGAAAGACCGGUGGAGGAAUGCUGAAGAAGCUGAAGUCGAGGCGCAGCCAAACAGAGAAGUGGCCUGUGGUCACGGAGGAUGAACUCCGGGCUCUGGGAAGAGAUAUUUCCCCGGACCAUGUCCUGGGUCUCCGGGCUGUUACGGAAGAUUAUCUUUGCAGACCUGAGGACAAUAUCUACAACAUUGACUUCACGCGUUUCAAAAUAAGAGAUCUUGAGACGGGGACGGUGCUGUUUGAGAUCGCCAAACCUCCUAACAGUGGUCCUGUGGAGAAUGAGGAGGAGAGCGGGGAUGCAGACACCAGUGCAGGGCGUUUUGUCAGAUACCAGUUUACACCAGCCUUCCUAAAGCUGCGCACUGUUGGUGCAACAGUGGAGUUCACAGUGGGUGACCGGCCCAUUAACAGCUUCCGUAUGAUCGAGAGGCAUUACUUCCAGGGACGCCUUCUCAAGAAUUUUGACUUUGACUUUGGCUUUUGCAUUCCUAACAGCCGCAACACAUGUGAACACAUUUAUGAGUUUCCACAGCUUCCAGACGACCUCAUUCGCCAAAUGGUGGCGCACCCUUACGAGACCAGAUCAGACAGUUUCUACUUCGUGGACAACAAACUCAUCAUGCACAACAAGGCAGACUACGCCUACAAUGGCGGUCUGUAGUAAAUGAAGGGAAUGAUAAUGUGCAAUACCUCCCAGGGGAUAUAUUUCCUGGAUUUACACCCCAACAAAAGUUUAUUUUGAGGAGGGGGACAGAAGUAUUCUCUCCUUUUUGGACAUUAUUAUGAAAGUGACACCGUACUGAAAAAAAGAACAAUGGAUCACAUCUGUCUUCAUAUGAAAUCAUGGAUCCAUUCAUUAGCACCUCAAAAUCUCAGUUUCUGGGACUCAGAGGGAUAGUUUUGUUUAUAUCUGACUGAAACCUUUUUGUUCUGUAUUUUGGUUUCUCUUACAAGUGUCAUGUUACUGCUUGAACACUUUUGCCUUAAGUUUCUUGCCGUCUCUGCUGGAAAGGGACACUUUGAGUCACAGACCUCUCAUGGUAAAGCCUACAGACCGUGUUAGUUUUCAUUUACCUAAAGGACCAGCAUGUAGGAUUUAGGGAUCUACGUGCAGAAAUGGAAUUAGCUUACAGUUACAUGUAGCAACAAAUUGUGCUUUUGUUAGCUAAGAAUGAGCUGUUCAUAUCUACGUAGGGAGUGAGUCCUCGUCCAUGAAGCCUGGCAUGUUUACGGUUAUAUGAUGAAGUGUCAGUCACCAUAGAUUCUGAAAAAAGAGGAUUUCAAACUGCCCCUAAAUCCUACACUGGUUCUUUACAAAUAUAGAUGCUAUCAGUUGAUGUUUGUUUGCACCUUUUGCAAGUGACAAUUGUGUUUCCUGUAUGGAAAAGCGAGCAUUAACUAGAUGUUUUACAGUAUUGUUAGUAAUAGAUGAUCAUGUAGCACAAGUUAAUAUUGUUUAAUUCUUCUUUCGGUAUAAGUUGUGAAUCUCUGCGAUGGUUGGUGUCAGAUCUUUAAAUGUGGUGUCCAUUUUGUUAAAAUUGACCAAUCUUUAGUCAAGUAUAUUUUAAUACAACUGCAUGUGAUAUUUUCAUAAUUUGAGGUGUCACAUUGAUUCUGUUCAACUUUUUCGAACUCUGGGAUGCAUCAAAAGGAAAAGCUAGCAGCAGCAUCUAAGGUACUGAACUUUACACGUCUUGCUUUAGAUGCCGUCCGUGUGUAAAACUCAUUGGUCUGCCCUCUUUGUUCACACCAUAAUUGAAUCCCUUCAGGUCUGUCUUCCUGGUUUAUUUGUCACAGCAGCACUGUGAAUCCCAUUCUUUAGUAGCUGAGUUUGGCCUAAAGUGUGAUGUACCUAUCUAACUGAUUGCUGAGUCUAUGUUCUGCUGCCUUGUGCUCAGGUUCUCAGUUUACCAGUGAAAUGCCACAGUAGCACGCAACUUGACAGUACAGAGUGAUGUAGCUGGGUAGCUGAUCUAUUUUUGAUGAGGCGCUAGGGUUGGUGCAGAAGUUGACCUGCCUUUUUUUCUAUUUACAGAAGUCCUGUUUAAUUGAUUAUACUCGUGAUUUAGCAGAGUUUAGGCCAUGUACUAAAAAUCGUACAUAUUUUCUUAUAAACACAGGUUUCCAGACCAUUUGAUACACUGUUACAGCCUAAAGCAACCUUACACAGCAGCCCUCUGUAGCAGAGUUGAUGAUUUGAUUGUUAGUCAUUCAUUGUGAUGCUGUUAGACUGUCUAGUCCUGAGAGGUUGUCCAAAGUUCAUAGAAAGCACCAACAAUGAUCAGUUUGAAUUAGUUUCUGCUUGCAGCAUCAAUUGCAGCCUAAGUAUUCUAAAUAUGUCUAAUGUCAUUAGCUGGUUCCAUUUCUUAAGGCAGGAAGCAAUUUUGUAAUUUGCAUUUAAAUCAGGCAUACACAGGGAGAUUUGUAAUUUUUCAGUACUCAUGAUCUGGGCUUCUUCUUACUGCAUGUUCUAACAUAGACUCCAUGUGCCUUGAAUCCGGGUGUUGAUUUUUUUUCUUGUAAAGACAACUUGUUUUUCUUGUACCUGUCAAGCACACAGCAGUAAGCUGAAGGGAUGAUGUCUUCACUCCUCAUAUCACGCUCUCUGUUGCUGUCUUGCAGUGCCGCCUUGCAUAAAACUUGGAUGUUUUUUAUUCUCAACGCAUUAUGUAGCCUAUUUGUAAUUUAUCAGGUGGGAUAUCAAGCACACUUUGACAGGUGUAGUCUUUGCUUCAUGAUGUACCCUCAGUCUUUUUGCCAGUUGGACUCGAUGGAUGUAUGUCUGUCAGGCUGCUGUUGUGGUAGCUGGGAAGACUUUGUUUAGCCAUACAAUAUCAGUCAGUGGUGUUUUCUCUAAAUGCCUUUAUAAGUCUGGACACUUUGUAUGUCUGUGCAAAAAGACCAUGUGACCGACACAAACAGUUUAUGGAUCCAUUCUGUGUCCUGUUGCAUGGACUCCACUUUUUGUAUCAGCUGAUUUUACAAAUGACACGUUCAUGUCUUAUCAGAUUUGUUGUAAAUAAAAAUGGCUGUUUGAAAAAUA